CGGCCGCAGGUCUACUUUCAACGUGUUUUGUCGGCGAGGUCUGUCGGCCGAGCGAGAGCACUGUCGUUCAUAGCUGCUGCUGGCUGUAUCUUCAUGAGUAUACCGCCUAUACUCAUAGGCGCCAUAGGAGCUUCUACCGACUGGAACGCGACGUCGUACGGCGGCGUCGUGCCGAUACCAGACGACGACAAGCCGCUGAUCCUUCCCAUCGUCAUGCAGCACCUGACGCCGACGUGGGUCGCCUUCGUCGGCCUGGGCGCCGUGUCGGCUGCCGUCAUGUCGUCUGUGGACUCGGCUUUUCUCAGCGGGGCGUCGCUCUUCGCUAACAACAUCGUCAGAGAGAUCUGGAUCGCCAUUGCCGGACGCGAGCUCCCGCAGGUGGCGCUCGUGUGGACGGUCCGCGGCGGUAUCGUCGUCGUCGGCGUCCUCGCCAUGGCUCUCGGCCUCGCCGUCGAAUCCAUCUACGGUCUCUGGUUCCUCUGUUCCGACCUCGUCUACGUCAUCCUCUUUCCUCAGCUGCUGUCGUCGCUCUACGUUCCCUGGGCGAACACGUACGGUUCCGUCGUCGCCUACAUCGUCGGCUGUAUCCUGCGCUUCGUCGGCGGGGAGCCGCUGAUCGGGCUGCCACCUGCCGUUCACUACCCGUACUACAACGAAGCGGAUGGUCAGCUGUUUCCGUUUCGGACGCUGGCGAUGUUGGCAAGUUUGACAGGAGUUGUUGCUGUGUCAGCGCUGCCGCAUUAUCUGUUCACGUGCCGCAAGGUGGCGCUGAAGUGGGACGUGUUCAGAUGCUACCGGCAGGAUACGGCCAGGAGGCGGACGAGGUGAAACUCGCCGGAAGGAUAACCCGGUGUUUGAUGAGCCGGUGGCAGCGCAUCUGUGGCGGAAAACGAGAUGAAAUUCGACGGGGAGAUGAAUCUGCGUAUCGAGGGGAGGAGGUGGGAGAGAACGGGAAGAAAGAGGAGGAGGCAUACGGGAGCAAGAUGACGAGCCUGUAGCGGCGGCAGGGAGAGAGGUUCUUCCCAGUGGGUCAUUACCUCUUGAUUAUUAUACCUAUUGUUAGCUCUCAGGUAUUAAUACCCCUUGAUGUUACGGACACAUAGGGUGCGUUUGUUUGGUCGGAUCACCGGAUCUCGAUCCGAUGGAUUGAUUCGAUCUGGCUGUUUGUUUGCGUCGAUCACUUGAUCUUCGACCCGACCCGACCGCUUCUAGCGAGGCGGCUGUUCGAACGCCGGAUUGCCAAUAUGGCGGCCCGGCCUCAGCCAAUCACAGAAACCUGGCUUCUUUUGUUAUGAGCCCCCUGCCCGUGAUAAGCCUCGGUUCACAGCCCGUGAAACGUUUGAAGUGAAUGUGGCAGUUUUUUGGCGUUUUGUUUUGAUCGCCGAUCAGGAUUAUAUCGAUCUCGUCCAGACGGAUUUCCGUCCGCAAACAACGCGCCCAAUUAUGAUAGAUCAGUAGUUAUUGAUCCUGCUAUCAGGAUAUUCCAGCGCUUAGCUGCUGAGAAGUAAGUUGGUAGCAGUACAUCAGUACUUAGUAAGUCGUAGAGAUGACCGUUUAAUAAGAUGUUUUAUAUUGGGAACGCGCGUGUUUGUAUCGUAAUGUAUGAUUUCUCUUGAUGUAUAUAAACGUGUACUUUAUAUCAUUCCACAAAA